AAUUAUUUUAAACAGUACAUAUAGCCUAGUAUAGUAUCAUGUUGUCUGUCUGUUAUAUAGCAAAAUAUUUUUAAUAGUAUACAGAUCCAAAGCAUCCUAUCUCUAAAGAUUGUAAUAUUUAUCUGUCUGAUAACAGUAAUAAAAAAAAAGUGAAUGUAGGUAGUCGUAGCCUGAUUCUGGUUGAAACAACCGGUGUGAUAAUGAAAGUAGUAAUUUUAGUUAUAUCGUUGUGCACGUUGUUUCUUUCGAUUGAUAAAGUGCAACCGUUGAAUAUUUUAGGAAUAUUUCCAUAUGCAGGCAAAAGCCAUUUCUUCGUUUUCGAUAAAUAUCUGCAAGAACUAGCUCAUCGAGGCCAUAAUGUUACUGUCAUAUCCUAUUUUCCCCGAAAAGAACCCUUACAAAAUUAUCAUGACAUCAGUUUAGCUGGUAAAAUGAAUGUCUUGGAAAGUGUGUUUUCCAUAUACCGCUCCUACUGGCAAAUAUUUAGAACCAGCAUUUUUCUUUUUUCAUCUGGAACAGAGAACUGCAGAGUUUUACUGCAAGAUGAGAAUGUGCAAAAUUUGUGGAAAACUAAGGCAAAAUUCGAUCUAGUCGUUUUGGAACAGUUCAACAGUGAUUGUUCCUUGGGAUUAGCUUAUAAACUUGGAGCACCUGUAGUUGCUCUCAAUUCACAUGUUUUCCUGCCUUGGCAAUACAGUAGAUACGGUAUAACUUACAACCCGUCAUACAUGCCAUUUCAUUUUUUUGAAGGUGGAUCUAAACCGACAUUUUAUCAAAGAGUGGAAAGGACAUUAUUUAACGCAUAUUUUAUAACAGCCUUCAAGCUAUUUGUUCAAAGAGUCGACCAAAAUACCCUUGCCGAAUAUUUUGAUGACAUUCCACCUUUGGAAGAAUUAGCCAAGGAUAUAAAAUGUUUACUUUCAUAUACUAGCUUAAUGUUGUCCGGAUCUAAUCAAUUCCCAACAAAUGUAAUUGAAGUCGGUGGGUAUCAUGUGAGCCAGCCAAAACCGUUGGCAGAAAGUAUUAGGAAGUUUAUAGAGGACUCUGAGCAUGGUGUCAUAUACAUAAGUUUCGGAUCUAUGCUUAAAGCGAACACAACACCGAAAGAUAAGAUUGAAGCUAUUGUUGGCGCCUUAUCUGAACUCCCUCAACGAGUGUUAUGGAAAUGGGAAGGAAAGACAUUACCGGGAAAUCCUGAAAAUAUAUUUAUUUCUUCAUGGUUACCUCAAAAUGAUGUUCUGGCUCACCCGAAAGUAUUAGCUUUUUUUUCACACUGCGGUAUGCUAAGUACAACUGAAGCUAUAUAUCAUGGAGUUCCCGUAGUCGGCAUGCCUAUCUUUGGAGAUCAGCCCGCAAACGCAGGCUUUAUCGAAGAGAGUGGACUUGGUGUUCAAAUUCAAAUUGGAGAAUUAACGAAAGAUAAUCUUUUAGAUAAAUUUAAAACAGUUCUUGAACCCGGAUUCAAAAGUCGUGUAAAACUCUUAUCAAAGGCUUGGCAUGAUCGUCCAAUGUCACCGAUGGAUAGUGCAAUUUACUGGACCGAGGCCGCAGCACGUUACAGUAACUUUACAUUUCAAAACCCAUCAGUUAAGGUGCCUUUAUACCAAUAUUAUGGAUUAGAUGUGCUGUCGUUUUUGGUCGCGAGUUCAAUUAUUUAUCUGUUUAUUAUUUUUAAAAUAUUCUCAUGCUUAUGUAAGAGCAAAAAAUCUACGAGAAUUAAAAAGAAAAAACAAUAACGUUCGAAUCAUGUGUUAAACUGCAAUUUAAUGUUUCGAUAAUAAAUAAUUUGAUCAAU